AUCAACAACAAAGUUUUCCAAACUCCCUACUCAUGAUAACAUCAGAUUUAUAUUCCACAACCGCCCAAUUUAUGGUUUAAUAAUAAAAUGGACGCCUUUAAAGAGUUUUAAACACUUUUCGACUGCUUUAUAGUGAUUUCCAUGUAGGGGAGCAAACCAAAUCCGGUUUGCAUUGUUGUGGUUUAGCGGAGAGACUGGAAACUCCUUGCCGUGGAUCGGGCCUGUUUCAGCACAUAACCUAUUCAAGGUGCUUAAGAAGUCACAAUGUCAAUUUUGGGUCUGAAAAAGAAGCAACCGAAGACUUUUAAAGUCAAAGUCAGCACCAUGGAUGCUGAAAUGGAGUUCAGUUGUGAGGUAAAAUGGAAAGGGAAAGAUUUGUUUGACCUGGUGUGUCGGACCAUUGGUUUGAGGGAAACGUGGUUCUUUGGACUUCGAUACACAGUGAAAGACACCUAUGCCUGGCUGAAGCCUGAUAAACAGGUUUUGGAUCAAGAAGUUCCAAAGGACUCUCCAAUCACAUUUAAUUUUCUUGCCAAAUUCUUCCCUGAGAAAGUUGAGGAUGAGCUUGUUCAGGAAAUUACUCAGCACCUCUUCUUCUUACAAGUCAAAAAGCAGAUACUAGAUGAGGAGAUAUUUUGCUCUCCAGAAGCCUCUGUUCUUUUGGCGUCGUAUGCGGUUCAAGCCAAGUAUGGGGACUAUGAUCCAAACUUUCACAAGCCAGGUUUCUUAGCUCAAGAUGAGCUCUUGCCCAAAAGAGUGCUGAUGCAGUACCAGAUGACAUCAGACAUGUGGGAAGAGAAGAUAACAGCUUGGUAUGCUGAACACAGAAGCAUCACAAGGGAUGAAGCUGAGAUGGAGUAUCUAAAAAUAGCGCAGGAUCUAGAGAUGUAUGGAGUUAGUUACUUUUCUAUUACACAAAACAAGAGGGACACAGAGCUGCUUCUUGGAGUUGAUGCUCAGGGUCUUCACAUCUACAGCCCCAACAACAAGCUCAGCCCCAACAAAUCCUUCCCCUGGAGUGGAAUCCGAAACAUCUCGUACAGCGAGAAAGAGUUUACUAUCAAACCAUUGGACAAGAAAAAGGAAGUUUUUAAAUUCUACUCCUCUCAGCUCAGAGUGAACAAACUGAUCUUACAGCUGUGUAUUGGGAACCACGACCUGUUCAUGAGGAGGAGGAAGGUGGAUUCCAUAGAGGUCCAACAGAUGAAGGCGCAGGCCAAAGAAGAGAAGGCCAGGAAAAAGGUUGAGCGUCAGAUUCUUGCACGGGAGAAGCAGAUGAGGGAGGAAGCAGAGCGAGCGAAAGAAGAGAUGGAGCGUCGUCUGUUCCUACUACAGGACGAGGCUCGAAUGGCCAAUGAAGCUCUACUGCGCUCCGAGGAGACGGCUGACCUUCUGGCAGAGAAAGCCCAGAUCGCAGAGGAGGAGGCCAAAUUACUGGCCCACAAAGCAGCUGAAGCAGAACACGACAGGCAGAGACUGGAGGUCACAGCCCUCAAAACCAAAGAGGAGAAGAGACUGAUGGAGCAGAAGAUGAGAGAAGCAGAAUCCCUGGCGGUUAAGCUUGUUGAGCAGUCAGAAAGGAGACUGAAGGAGGCAGACCACCUGAAACAGGAUCUGAAUGAGGCUAAAGAUGCAGAACGGAGGGCAAAGCAGAAACUCCUGGAAAUCACCAAACCAACAUACCCUUUAAUAGCAGCAUACUCCAGCCCUCCUCCACCCACUGGGCCGGAGAGUCCAGAUAUGACUGUAGACAUGGGCGGCUCCAUAAGAAUGGACUUCAAGGACUCCGAUAUGAAAAGACUUUCCAUGGAGAUUGAGAGAGAACGGCUAGAGUACAUGGAAAAGAGCAAACAUCUUCAAGACCAGCUGAAGGAGCUCAAAUCAGAGAUUGAGUCCCUGAAGUUGGAAGAGCAGCAACAGGCUGGACUCUACAGUCUCAGGAGUUACGCUGAACCUCCUUAUAUUCCCCACAGCAAUGUAAGAAACACUCAGACAUACUGAAU